AUGGUUAGUUUGGUACAUGGACAUCGCCGGGCUUCCGGGGCGAGCAACCGGUCGUCGGUCGAUGAGAGUAGAUCCGAUGGCGCCGAGGACGAUUCCACCGUCGUGGAACCCGAUCAGGGAAAUGUUGAGACCCGGGGCGGAUCUGAGCCGGGUUGUGUUACCAACGUUUAUUCUGGAGCCGAGGAUUUCAUGGCACAUCCUGAGACGUUGCUGGCUAUGCCGCAGAUUGAGGAUCCGGUGGAGAGUGGAGUUAAGAAACCUCUCAAUCCGAUAUUAGGAGAGACAUAUACCUGCUAUUGGGAUCUUCCAAACAAUACCAAAGGCUACUACAUUUCCGAGCAGACCUCCCACCACCCUCCCAAGUCCAGCUAUUUCUACAUGGCACCCGAACACCACAUCCGAAUCGACGGAUGUCUAAAACCACGAAGUAAAUUCCUUGGCAAUUCGGCCGCGAGUUUGAUGGAGGGAUUGGCCAUAUUACGAUUCUUGAACCGAGGGAAUAAUCCAAAGGGGGAGAGCUACUUUAUCUCGCAACCAAACAUGUAUGCCAGGGGUAUCUUGUUUGGGAAAAUGAAAUAUGAGCUUGGUGAUCAUAGCUUCGUGAAAUGUCCGGAAUUGGGAUUGUCGGCAGAUGUCGAGUUCAAAACGAAAGGAUACUUUGGCGGGACGUAUAAUGCCAUUGGGGGAACCAUUAAGAACGAUCAUACCGGAGAAGUCUUGUACGAGCUUUCUGGCAUGUGGAAUGGUGAGAUGUUUAUCAAAGAUUUAAAGACCGGUAAAAAGGAUCUGAUGUUUAACGCUGCAAAAUCGAAACAUACCCCUCCAACUACAAGACCUCUAGAGGAGCAAGAUGAACGCGAAUCCCAAAAACUAUGGUACAAAACUGUACAAGCAAUUAUAGCACGAAACCACGAGGUAGCAACAGAUGAAAAAACAACGAUUGAGAAUAUGCAAAGAGACGAAGCUGCGCGACGAGCAGAGGAAGGGAUUGAUUGGCAGGCAAAGCUUUUCCGGCCUGUUCGGGGAGGUCCAGGUGGCUCUGAAGAAGGAGAAGAAGAUUUAGAUUGGAUUCUUAAUGCCAAUAUUGAUGGAGAUACACCCGAGAAGCAAGUGGAGCAGAUACUUGCAAUUACACCAAUCCUUCCAGGCCAAAAGCCAAAUCAGAAAAAUCAAAUUCCACCAUCACACCAGCAGGCUGCUGAGAAGUCCGCCGCCGAAAAGUCCACAACUGAGAACUCAACCGCAACCGCUGCAACCGCCACUCCCAGUCCACCUCCCUCAACACAGAACCUCCCACCAGCGCCUUUAGCAUCCGCUGGUAACACCAAGGCGACCCCCUCGCCUAUCUCAACCCCUAAAGCAGCUCCUAUCUCUUCUCCUAAAGUCGCUCCCAUCUCCCACGAAAACGACCUCGUCGAUUUCGGCCAAAACGACAGCGCCCCUCCCCAAAAAUCAGCCAUCCAGUCACAAAUGCCUGCUGAUUUAUACGCGGCCCAGACUCAGAACGGAGGACAGAAGCAGAAGGAAUUAGAGCAGACGCUACUCUCCACUAGCACGAGUCGGGAGAAUCAGGGUGGCCCUCUGCUGGAUUUCCAUGACGAUCUAAAGAGGGAUUUACCUGCUGGUGGCACGGAGACGGAGAAAGCGAGGCAUGCGGCGUUGUUGAGGAAGGAUACUGAUACGGAUAGUUUGGAUGAGUUUGUGGAUGCGGAAUCAUAG